ACACACACACAUACACACACACGCCUCUCUGUGGCUUUUAUUCAAAGUUUUCUCGCUUGACGCACACGUCUCCUCUCCAAGUUCCAGGCGGCUCCAGGACUGCGCGCCCCGCCUCUCUUACGCACCACCGUCGUGAUAGCGGCGUUACCACAGCUACAAGUAACGGCCAUUGGAUUAUACAGAGGAUCCCAACUUCCCUGACAGUCCCAGUAUCCGCCCACUGUCAACACACACACACACACACAUCCGCCGGAGUCUCCGGACACACCAGAGGAGAUCACCUGCACACAGAGAGGCGCGUCCCGGCAGCCGUCCGCCCAUGUGUUGCGCGCAACAAAGAACCAAGCUUCCCACCUGAAGAUACAGCUCCUCGGACUCCUGCAGAUUUCACUGGGAGCUGUGUUUUGCGGUGGUCAUGCAGGACAGACGCACAUUCACCAGCGCCUUCUCCACACCGCGGUGUCUGGCCGCAGCGGCGCCGGCGGCGGGGAAAGCGAAAUUAACGCACCCGGGGAAGGCGAUCCUGGCUGGUGGACUUGCAGGUGGUAUAGAAAUCUGCAUCACCUUCCCAACAGAGUACGUCAAGACCCAGUUACAACUGGAUGAGAAGGCCAAUCCACCUAAAUAUAAAGGAGUAGGUGACUGUGUGAAGCAGACGGUUCAGGGUCAUGGUGUUAAAGGACUUUACAGAGGACUCAGCUCACUGUUGUACGGCUCCAUACCCAAAUCUGCUGUCAGGUUCGGGGUGUUUGAGUUCCUCAGUAACCGUGCGAGGGAUGAGUCCGGUCGCCUGGACAGCACCAGAGGCCUGCUGUGUGGGCUCGGAGCCGGGGUGCUGGAGGCGAUCCUGGUCGUCUGUCCCAUGGAAACUGUCAAGGUAAAAUUCAUUCACGACCAGACUUCAGCCAACCCUAAAUACAAGGGAUUCUUCCACGGAGUCAAAGAGAUCGUCAGAGUGCAGGGAAUAAGAGGAACGUACCAGGGUCUCACUGCCACGGUCCUCAAACAAGGCUCCAACCAGGCCAUUCGCUUCUAUGUGAUGACCUCCCUCAAAAACUGGUACAAAGGUGAUAACCCCAACAAAACCAUCAAUCCCCUGUUGACUGGAGCCUUUGGAGCCACAGCAGGAGCAGCCAGCGUGUUUGGAAACACGCCGCUAGAUGUCAUCAAGACUCGGAUGCAGGGUCUUGAAGCACAUAAAUAUAAAAGCACGUGGGACUGCGCCGUGAAGAUCAUGAGACACGAGGGCUUGGCAGCUUUUUAUAAAGGGACGGUUCCUCGUCUGGGCCGCGUGUGUCUGGACGUGGCCAUCGUUUUCAUCAUCUAUGAGGAGGUGGUGAAGGCCCUGAACACGGUCUGGAAGACGGACUGAGCCGCUGGAUGCGCAGAAAGGCCUCCCGGGCACGAGACACAGAUCUGAGUUCAGCAGACGUCUCCUGUAUCAUACACCCAGCUGCUGAGGGGCUGAGACGGGGAGGUGAGCUUGGAUCAGUGUCUUGUGCUGACCAGGAGGCUGAGGAGUCACAGGAGGCUCAGUGUCGCUCACAUCUGGACAGCUGCAGAACACCUGAUCAAACCAAGGGUCAACUUUACAAAGUGGGAUUAUAAAAUCAGUCAAAUAACUUUGAAAAAGAUGCAUCACAUUAUUCCUUCACGGCUACUUUUAAAGAACAAGUUUUCAGAAAUUUCCUCACAUUUUUCAAGUUAUCUAGUUCAAUGUCUUUCUAAACCUGCUUUGUAAAAUAUUCCCUCGGUGAAGAAUAUGACAUCUCACCAUUCACAGCUGGUUUACUGAUGUUUACUGCGAGUACACAGGUGUCACACUGGAUUGUCUUGAUUUAUUGUUGCUCUCUGUCUCCUCAAAAUGGUUUUAAACCCAGAGGAGCCCGACUGCAGCUCAUAUAAACUGUGGUAACUUCCAUAACUAAGCCUUUAACAGAAUGAUUUUACAUUUAUAAUGUGCCAAUUAUUUUUCUAAAGCGUGGAUUCUGAUUUAGUUAAAUAACAGCGUUAUAGUUUUCUUAUAAUAUAUAUUAUAUAUUUUAUUCAUGUGCCAAAUGCCAAACCUGGUAUACUGUAAAGGUGUGUUCAGAGUGAGAACACAUCUCAAAGUCUAAUGAUCUUAACCAGAAAAGAGAAAAUAUUAUAAUGAUUCAUAUUGUCAAAUUCUCUAUAUAUGUCUAUAUGUAUUUAUGGAAAGUUAAAGGAUGCAGGUGGUUCAGAGACUUUUAGAGAGAUUUAGUCUUUAUCAGGUCUGGGUGUUAAGGUGUUUAGGUAAUUAGGAAAAUAUUUUAGUGUGUAAAAGAUCCAACAACACUGAGUCAUACACUAAGUAACUUCGGACGUUAAUUCCCGCUCAGUGGAAGCAUGUAAAUCAGGUUAUAUACGUUUCCCACAGCUGGAAUUUAUUCAUCUUCUGAAUACAUUAGAAGCAGUCUUCACUAUACCAGUGAUUCCCACCCUGGGGGUUGGGACCCCUCCAAGAUAAUUCAUUGCAAAGGAAAGAAGAAAAAUAUGUUUCUACUAAUAUUAUGUUCAUUAUUUUCAGUCAUGCAAGUCAGCAAUGCUGGCUUCAACUGUAAAGGGGUCUCCCACCAAAAAGGUUGAUAAUCACAUUGUUCAAAUCCAUUGGCAGUUCAUUCAGUUUUGUUUUUUUCACGUCUCACUUAUGUGCCUUUUGCUCUUCUGUUUGUUGGCUAAUGCUACUUCAGAAAUAUCCUCAUCUAUGAGCGACCUGUUAAACUGUAGAAAUUUUACAUUUCUGUAGCUCAGUUGUAUUUACAUACAUAUAUUAUUUAUUGUUUUUAUAAUAAGGCAUUUUAUUCCUCUUUGUUCCAUCACUAGUGAUGUGAAUACAGUUAAAAUAUGUGUCUUACAAUAAUGAUUGUAUUAAAACACUGAUGGAUUAUACUCCCAUGUUGCUGAAAUAAUCACAUUUACUGUAUUUUUCUGUUUGGCUAAAAAAACAAAAAAAACUUGCGUUCCAAACAGACAAAAGAUCAAGAGAGAAUGUUAUUGUUGUUGAAGAUAAAUGUAUUUCAUGUAUGUGUGUAUAUGUGUGUGUGUGGUUCUUUAGGAGGAAUUUCGUGCAAUAAACACCGUCUUUAGUCUGUGCUUAAUGUAAAGUCCUUUGUUGUGGGAGGGGAUUUCAAAACUCAUUAAAAAGGUAUCUGAAAGCUAGAAA